GCAGGAUUGCACAUUUCUAUGGCUUUGCUAUGCGCAUAUUUGUAGUAAAUGUAUCUAGGGAUAAACACAAGCUUAGAUUAUUAUACUCGCUUUUCUAUUAUUACAAAGAAUAAGAUGAUUACAUUAACGUUGACUUGAGAAUUAGAGAUCGAUCAUUCUUUACUUGCUAGUAAUCAUACUAAUGAACUCGAUCUCGAAACAACGCAGACUUUAUUCAUUCAAUUCACUUUGCCAGAAACAUACAGGAUCAAUUUUCACGAGUCUAUUAAAAUUCUGUCUGUUUUUGAUUUCUUUAUCCGGACACUCAUCAUCAUAACAUAGACUAUUCACUAUCACUGAAAGUGUCUCCGACUCAUGCCAUGAAAGGUUUUCUUUUUAUCAAUGUUUUUGAGAAAGACAAGAGCUAAUUCUCUUUAGAUCAACGUCAUAAAAACUAAACAGUUCGUCUGCUUUUGCCAACUGUCGUGCUUAUAUAUUGAUUUCCUUGGGAUCGCCGAACUUCGCCAAUAUGACUUUCGCCAAUUAUUGGCGAGAGUCCAUGUGGUAUAGUGAUGAAAGUUAGCUGGACAUUCGUCAGUAUUGGCGAAUGUAUGAGGGACAUUCACCAAUAUUCACGAUAAUUUACUCGAAAGAUUCAUUAUAAUAACAACAGGCGUUGAACCAUUCAACUAUGAAUCAAAAGUUGAUGUGUGUUCGGUAAGUCGGCAAGAACAUAAUAGAAAUUGUAUUAGAAUAGGGAAGAGUCCAUAUUAUAUAUAAAUAUAGUCUGCUCUAAUAAUUGAGAAUGUGAGGAAGUUUCGCAGUAUUAGCGAAUGUCCACCUGACUUUCGCCAAUUGGCAGUGUCACGAUAAUAUGGGGUGAACUAUCGUUAGCCAAACUGGACGAGCAGCGAGCCGCUGCCCGGCAGUGAUGUUUAUUCGUUUAUUCGCAUAUCCAGAGUGUAACAACUUCAUACAUAACACACGUAUAUAUAGGAGAGAGAUAUAGAUUGGAACAAUGGAGAGAGAACAGAAAGAGAAGGAAGGAGAAUCAUUGGAGCGUGCCCUCAAUAUCGGCACAGGCAGGAGUCCAGGACGCAUAUUGGCGAAUGUCUAUAUGACUUUCGCCAAUGACGAAAGACCGAUUGGCGAAAGUCAUAUUGGCGAACUGCGGGCUACUCACGUAUUUGAUCAAUGUAUGCAAAACAGUCGAACUGUAAUUAGCAUACUGGUGGAUGUAUUCAAACGUUUAAAAGAACAAGGUAUUUUGAGGCAGUUUAAUCCAUUUUUGAGCCUCGUGUCUUAGGAUUCUUUCUAUUUUUAGUAAUCUAAUUUUGUUUUAUAUUUCAUCGAUUUUUCUGCAUCUAUUUAGAUCCAAAUAUAAAAUAUGCUGAUGUACGUGCUGAUAAUGCAGAAUGUUAUCAUAGCUCUGAAACAUUAUUAUCAAAUAAACAAACACUCGAAGGAACUGGAAUCUUCAUUCGUCGUAUUGAUUUCAGUGAUCCCCAAUGUGGAAAACAGCAUGUGAUAGAAUGGCAGCGGUGUAAAGAAUUUUUUGAUGCAGCUAAGGAUACAAAAUAUUUGCCAAUAUUUGCGAGUAAAAUUGUGCCACAAUCAACCACAGUAAAGCCUGUUACAUUAAAAAGAAAACCUGAAUGGUCAGGUAUAACAAUGUUCAAUAAUAUUCAAUAUGAAAUUAAAUCAUCUAAAUUUAAAGAACAAAUUGAAGGAGCACAGAGUCUAUCAACUGAUGUAGAUGAAAUUGAAUUGAUAGUUUGGAGAUCAUACAAUAUAGGAAAUGGAAAAAAAUUCCUGUUGUCUAAUUUGAGUACAGUACAAAAUAUUGAUCAAUUAGUUGUGACGUCUGAAUCAUCUACAUCACAAGAAAAUUUGAUGGAAGAAACUUUAAAAGAAGACACAUAUGAUCACUCUUCAUCAGAUAGUGAUUCGGAAAUAGAAGAAGCCAAUGAUGAUAAUACAUCUGAUUUGAAAAAACUUGAUCUUGAAUUAAUGGUUUUUGAUUGCCCCGACUCCAAUUGUGUUAGACAAUUUCGCGAUACUCAAACUUGCAAAUUCAUUUAG